AUGCCCGACGUCAAGAUGCCCAGCGUCAAGCUGCCCAAAGUCAAAGCUCCCCACGUGCAGGUCAGCCUGCCGAAGGCCGAGGUCUCGCUGCCCAAAGCCCAGGCCGAAGUCCAGGAGGGCGAAGUCGCCCUGCAGGGCCCCGACGCCGAAGGCGGCCUGGAGGUGGCUGCCGGCAAAGUUGAGGGCGGCGGCAUGAAACUGCACAUGCCGAAAGUCAAGGUGCCCAGCGUGGUCUUCUCCAAGCCGACCGUCAAGGCUCCCAAACUGGACGCAGACGUCAGCCUGCACAAAGCCGACGCCAGCCUCCCAGAGGCAGACCUCAAGGCCGGCGCCGGCGACGUCAGCAUCGCGGCCCCCGACAUCAAGCUGCCCUCCGUCGAAGGCUCCCUCGAGCUCCAGGCGCCCGACGUAGACCUCAAAGUGCCCUCUGCCGAAGGCUCGCUCGACGGGGCCGAGCUGGAAGGCGCGGGCCUGAAAGGGAAGUUUAAGAUGCCCAAGUUUGACAAGCCCAAAUUCGGAGUGACGGCCCCCAAGGCGGAAGGGCUCGAAGGCGAGGUCAGCCUGCCCACCGCAGAGGUCGACCUCCCCUCUGCCACCGUGACGGCCGCCGGGGAGGGCCCCGCGCUGGGCCUCAAAGCCGAC